AUGCACUUUCGUGAUCGGCUUCGUGCGGUAGUCUCCCGGCGAAGGAAAAGAGCAUCGGUUUCAUUCGGACAUGGAGAUACGAUAUGGAAAAGGCUUCCAGACAAUAUCCUUGUCUCCAUACUUGCAUUUUGCGACCUGAAAGGCAUUACAUCCUUAGCACUAAGUUGCCGCUUGCUACACCACCGGGUUCUCAAAAAAGAAUUCGCAAUAUCAAAGGCAUAUUUGAAUAUCAGGAAAAAAGCCGAUAUACUAGAUACCACAGGUGAAUCUAGUGGGGUUUGGGGGGAUGAUCUGACUUUUAUCUCCCAAUUAUUCCCUCCCCCUCCUCCUCAGUACGCUUUUGGCGAGGGCCAUGAUGAUGCCGAGUAUUCCCUAGGAUACUUAGCGGACCUCGAGUGCUGCUGGGCUACCUGUCUACGACUUUCCUAUCAUUUGGCAGAUCACGAGAUUCGCCAUCAUUUGGACACAGACAUGUGUGCUCGGUCGCUCUGGUCUUCUUCCAAAACCGAGAAAGAGGUCGUAUAUAGUAAAGCGGUGAUCUCACUUCAGGCGAAGCUGUUACCUUCAGUAGCUUAUGCAAUAUUUUUUCUGGAGUCGUCUGCAGCGGAAUCCGACAUUCCCAGAUCCGAAUGCUCUGAACAGACGCACGAAAUAUCCUCAUCGAUGGAAACCCAACUUUCAAUUCUGCAGAAACCACCAUUCACGGAUACCACAAUCCUUGUCUCGACCCAGCAUUGCAUGCAGCUUCUCUGCUCGACUGUUCGACGCCUCAUGAGCCCGGACUUUCCCCACUCAUCUUCGGAAAAUUGGGUCGCUCUUCUUCUCCUCACCUCAACCCUUGAGAAGGUGGUAGAGUUCUUUCUUGCUAUUGCAAAAGAUGACGAUAACAAGCAUUGCAUGUCCCCAGAUUCUACCUGGUCUCAUCGCAAGGAAUUUUUGUGGCACAUGCACGAGGAUCUAAUCAAGUAUAUGGAGUCGAAAAGUCAAACCCCUGGUUGUGAAUCUUCCAUUGGACCUACUCUGAACGAUAUAUGGUUUGGAGCAUCAUAUCAGGAAAUGACUGAACGAAGAGCCGUCCCUCAUUCGGCGGAGGACUCCGUUCCAGUUCUUCAUGGAUCUGUUGUGACUCUGCAUUGUAAAUAUUGCUGGACCGAGGAAUAA